AUGAGGGGUGACGAAGACAUCAGUGUUCACAGUCUCUCUCUGGACUCCCUCAGCUUGACCGACUAUGAGAAUCCACACGACGUGAUUCUGGAGGAUGAAGGCGACACAGAGCCGGACGCUCAGGUAUCAGAGGUGAAGCUCAUCAGGAAGGACCUGUCCACUGAAGAAUUAUACCUACAGGGCUGUCAGCUGGUGGGAGUCGUUCCUGUCAGAUACUUCCUCAGAAACCUGGGCUCUGCCACCAUUAACCUCAACCAUCAUGGACUCGGUCCUCUGGGAGCAAAAGCCCUGGCCAUCGCUCUAGUGACGGACAUGCACACCACAACACUGGAGCUGGCAGACAACUCCCUGUUAGCCGAAGGGGCCAGAUAUCUCAUGGAGAUGCUGAGGGCCAAUUUCACCAUUCACAAUCUUGAUCUCUCUGACAAUCACCUUCAGUCUGCUGGAGCCGAGUGUGUCGCUAAGAUGCUCCUGGAAAACAUUUCCAUUAAAUCCUUAAAACUGUCAGGGAAUAAGUUUGCUGAAGAUGAUGCCAAAUGGUUUGCAGAUGCGUUUGCUAGCAACUACAGAGUGAAGGAGCUGGAUUUGAGUCACAAUCAGUUCUGCGGCAGAGGUGGUGAACAUCUGGGUCAGAUGAUAGCAAAUAAUGACGGUUUAGAAGUUCUUGAUCUGAGCUGGAAUCAUCUGCGAAUGAAAGGAGCUGUAGCUUUCUGUGCUGGACUGAAGGUCAACACGACUUUGAAACACUUAGACCUCUCGUUUAAUGGCUUUGGAAACGAGGGCGCUUUGGCUUUGGGUGAAGCACUAAAGUUCAACAACACCGUGGUUCACCUGGACCUCAACAACAACCGCAUCAGCGAUGAAGGAGCGAGCCUGCUGUGUAAGGGACUGGAGGCCAACGACACGCUCAGAGUGCUGCAGAUGGCGUAUAACUCAUUGACAGUGGAGGGAGCUCUUACUUUGAUAAACGUGGUCAAGAACACACCUAAAACUGCCAUCGAGGAGAUCAACAUAUGUAACGUGCUGGUGAAUGAGAACUUCGUGCAGCUCUUGGAGCUGAUCUGUCAGGAGCAUCCCAGUCUGGAGGUGCAGUAUGGAGGCGUUGGCGGCUUUAUCGCCAAAAAACCUCGCAAACGCAUCGACCCCAUGAAAGUUAUUCAGGAUUACCUUGAUCAGCGCAAGCUUCGCCUGUGGGACUUCUUCCGUAACAUCGACAAGGAUGGGACAAUGCGUGUUCCUGUCGUAGACUUCAGGAGAGCCGUUCAGCAAUCCAGCAUCCCAUUGGAGAAGUUCCAGAUUGAGGAGUUGAUUCAGAGACUGGACAGAGACCGAACAGGCAUAGUGGACUACAGGCCUGGCAGAUACUAGGAAACAGAUGAUGCGAGACCACCGGCGCCAAUUGCGUAAAGUGGAGUCCCGGCAGAAGAAGGAGAAGCAGAAGAGUGACAGGAUCCUAAAAACCUUUGAGAGCGCCGUAGAGGCCGUCACUCCACGGAGCUCCAUGAUAAUAUCACCAGGUGCUGCCAAAGAGGACUCCAGUGGCCUUCAGCCAUUCUCUGCCACCCCGCUCAGCUCCUGGCAUCAUAUAAUCAUGUCCAACAGCAGCCGCUACUCUGUCAAUAACAUGAGCAGCGAGCAUGUGCAUCUUCCCAUGAUAGGGAAUGCCUCGAGCUCACCAGGCAUGCGCUCGUAUUCCCA